GAAGUUACUUUUUUCUUCAUAAUUAUCUCGCAUAUUUACCACGAAACGUAUUUGAACUUUUGUCUGCGGCUAUACGAAUCACCGCAACAACAACAAAAAAACCCCACCUUUGUUUUUUGCUAUACCUUCUGCUUUCGCAGAAAGAAAACAAAAACUGAUUCAUAAAAGUCAACUUUUCCUCUUCUCCUUCUCUCGUUGCGUGUGUGCUUUAUCCUUUUUAUAGUAACAGCAGCCUCCUCCCUGUCGUCGUCUCGCCCUUCCGCUUUUCUUUAUUUUGCUCCGCAACUCUUCUCUCUUGCACCGGCAUCCCGACACGCUUUGGACGGUUCUUAGCACCUCCGAUAUCAACACACCGUCGACGUUUGUUUUGCGCCCCUCCGCCCCCCUCCACCGGUGCAAGCGAGCAAGACGCGAGGGCUCUCGUAGCAGAAAAGAAGGCAGCAGUACAACAACAGCAAAACCAGGAAAAGUUUAGCCCGUCUCGCUUUGUCGCCAUGUCGCAGAGCAUUUUUGUGUUCAAGUACAUCAUCAUCGGGGACAGCGGCGUGGGGAAGAGCUGCCUCCUCCUGCAGUUCACCGACAAGCGCUUUGAGCCGCUUCACGACUUGACCAUCGGCGUCGAGUUCGGUGCACGGCUGAUCUCCAUUCAGGGCAAGAGCGUCAAGCUCCAGAUUUGGGACACGGCCGGCCAGGAGAGCUUCCGCAGCAUCACCCGUAGCUACUACCGCGGUGCGAGCGGUGCCCUGCUCGUCUACGACGUGACCCGCCGUGAGACGUUUACCCAUCUGCAGAGCUGGCUGGAAGAUGCCAAGGCCAACGCGAACACUGCGCUGGUUAUCAUGCUGAUCGGCAACAAGUGCGACCUGGACAGCAAGCGUCAGGUCAGCCGCGAGGAGGGCGAGGCCUUUGCGCGGCGCAACGGACUUGUGUUCAUGGAGACGAGUGCGAAGACGGCCCAGAACGUGGACGAUGCUUUUUUGCAAACCGCCACGUUAAUCUACGACAAUGUGCAGGCGGGUGUGAUUGACCCAUCGGUGGUGUCGGGCCGGCCGGGUGCGCAGACCACCGGUGCGCAGGCACCAAGCGCGGCGGCGAACAACAGAACGGACACCAGCGGCUGCUGCUAA